AUGUACCGGCUGCGACUCGACACAUGGCCGGUGAUCUCCGACAUGGAGCAAGGAGCAGUAGUUGACAAGAUCGGUGCAGCUGCCUCGAAGUGGAUUGGAAAGGUUUGCUGGUACAAGGUUUUCAAGCUGGUAGAUGUGGACGGAUCAGGCGAGAUAGGUUUCGAUGAAUUCUUUCGAAUUAUCCGCCGUCCACUGCCAUGCCUGGCAAUCACCACCAAGGAAAUUUCCAAUCCUGAGCUCAAGGGCUUGUGGAAGGCAAUGGACCAAGACAUGUCUGGGGCGAUAAGUGUCCAGGAAUUUAUGAUCUUCAUGCGGCGGCUGGAGGUCCGCCGUGGCUUUGCGAGAUGGCGGCCGCAGGUAAUGCAAGGCACACCCGUGGCCAAGGCAGCCGUGGCGGCCGAAGUGGCGGCGCGCGCCAAGGCACGUCUAUCUAUCUAUCUAUCUCUCUCGCUCUCUCUCGCUCGCUUUAUAUAUAUAUAUAGAUAUGUAUAUCUAUAUAUGUGUAUAUAUAUAUACAUAUAG